AUGGAGGACAGAUACGACAAACUGACUUGUCCUGACGGCUCAAAUGAUGACCUCAGUCUCGCAGCCUACCAAGAAGAACAACAAGUGUCGCUGUCCAUGGUGAGGUCCGACGCAUACGUGAACCACCAGAAACGAUUAGCCGUACUGCUGUCUAUUCUCGCUGGGCUCCUGCUCUCUGUCAGCAUUGGUCUGGGAAUGUACUACCGUACCUUGACAGACGGAGAGCGCAUUAUCAAAGACAUCCAAGCUGAAAUCGCAAAGUUUCAGCAGGCCUACAAAGCGGCAAUCAACUCUAAGCUUGAAUUCAGUAAGAUUUUGGUGGAUGACGCUAGAAUCCAGCAGCAAACCAAAUGGGAUCUUGAUCACCAGGGCUCCAUCAAUGCGGCCUAUCAGAAUGAGUUAGACAAAAUACUAUCGCUCAAUGCAGGCCUGAAGUCUCACAUACUGUUACUAGAGGACGGUUGCAGACAUUGUUUACCAAGAUGGAAUUUCAUAAAAGAUAAAUGCUACUACAUCCCUUUCUCUGAUGAUAUGCAGCUCAGGAGAUGGGAGGAAAGUCGAGAGUACUGCAAGAACUUUGGUGCCGAUUUGACUGAAAUAAACAGCAGGGAAGAACAGCUGGCCAUCAAUGAUUUAAUAACGACCAAUCACAAUCAGCAACAAACUACACAUGGUUAUUGGAUCGGAGCCAGAGAUGAGGAAGAGGGGAUGUGGAGAUGGUUGGAUGGGAGACCGGUCGUGGAGAGUUUCUGGAACAUUGGAGAGCCAAAUGAUGUCGGGGAUGAAGAUUGUGCUGGUAUCUUUCCCAAGCCAAAUAAAAGCCCAUAUAAGGACUGGAAUGAUGUCCCCUGCAGCAGCCAUCUAAAAUGGAUAUGUGAAAAAGAACCCAAUUUGGCUCAAUAG